AUGAUGAAAGGAUAUAUUCGCAACAAUCAGGCACAAAAAGCAAUUGAACUUUUCUUCCGAAUACCAAAUACAGAUGAGAAAAAUGUUUCAUCGUUUUUUCAUGCAUGUUCACAAGUUCCAAACGAAAAAACAUUAGAAUUAGUGAAGAAAGUUUUUUCUAACCUUCCCGAUCGUUACCAAAAUAACGAAUAUAUUUUGACAAAUGUUUUUAAUGUCUUCAUCAAAUGCAAUGAUCUAUCAAACGCUGAGAAAAUUUUUCCUAAAAUUGCCACCAAUGCGUUUAGUUAUGGAAAUUUCAUGAAUGCAUUGAAUAAAAACAAUCAACCAGUGAAAACAUUAAGCUUAUUUGAAGAAAUGACAAGAAAACGUAUCAAAUUGGAUGCAACGGUUUCUCUUCUCUUACUCAGUGCGUGUGCUGCCAUUGGAAUUUAUACAGUAUCUCAAUCGAUAUUCGAAGAAAUCCCGAAAUCAUGUCUGAACGAUCUUUAUAUAAAAAAUUCAUUGAUUGAUAUGUGGGGAAAAUCGGGUUGUAUUGAUAAAGCAAAGAAUACAUUCGAAUCAUUGAGUCAACCGGAAACAGUUGGAUAUACAUCGAUGAUUAACUCAUAUGGUUUGAAUGGAAUGGGCUUCGAUGCAGUCAAGUUAUUUUAUCAAAUGCCAGCGAAUCUUAUUCGCGAUGAAACUUAUGUAUGUGUUUUAAACGCAUGUUCACAUGCUGGACUUGUUGAAGAGGCUCAAAAGAUAUUUGCAACAAUAGAAAAGAAAACCGAAGAAAUUUGCACGACUAUGGUCGAUUGUUUUAGUCGCUUGUCGCUUUUCACACAAGCAGAAGAGAUUGUUGACGCUUACGAAUCGAAUCAUGCGCCAUCACCAGGAAUGCUUAUGGCGUUAUUGUCUGGCGCUCGAAAUGCGAAGAACUCAGAUUUAGCAGAAAAAACUUUUCAUCGUAUCCAGAAACAUUUCCCUCAACUAAAAGAUCGAAUAGUUGCUGCGUCUGUUUUACUUGCAAAUGUCUAUGCAUCGAUAGGUCAGAUAGAUCAGUCAUUUAGUCUAAAAAAACAAUUGUCUCAGUCUGGUUUGAAAAAAACAAGUGGAGUUUCUUAUAAUGAAGUUAAUGGCAAGAUAUAUGCAUUUCGUGCUCACGAUUCAUCGCAUCCUCAGUCCAAGGAAAUCUAUGAAGAAAUUGAUAAAAUCAAUCAAGAACUCAUUUCGCACGGUCACGAUUACGAUUCUAGUUGGAUCACACGUCCGUUACAUUCAGAUGAAACUGUUGAAUCAGUUCUGUGUGGCCAUAGUGAAAGACUCGCGAUCGCAUGGAAUUUUGUCGUCCAUCCCAAUGCAUCACGAAUUCAAAUUACAGAAAAUCUUCGUAUCUGCGGCGAUUGUCAUCGAGCAACGAAAUUGAUUGCAAAUAUCCGACAAUGUGAAAUAAUUGUUCGCGACGCAAAUCGUAUUCAUCAUUUCUAUCGAAAUGGACAAUGCUCAUGUAACGAUCAUUUCUAA